GGCGAGCCGGGCCGGUGGCGGAGAGGAAGUGCGUCCCCGCGAGGCCGGCUCCCCGGGCGGCUCGGGUGACAGCGUCGCGGCCGCCGGCCGGGCAGAGCCGAGCGCCAGGCGGACGCUUCAGCAGAGACGCGGGAAAAUGGCUGAUGACUUUGGCUUCUUCUCGUCGUCGGAGAGCGGGGCCCCCGAGGCGGCCGAGGAGGACCCAGCGGCCGCCUUCCUGGCCCAGCAGGAGAGCGAGAUCGCGGGCAUAGAGAAUGACGAGGGCUUCGGGGCCCCCGCGGGCGGCCAGGCGGCCCUCGCGCAGCCGGGAGCCGCGGGGGCGGCUGGUUCUGACGACAUGGGGACCACGAUCAAUGGAGAUGUGUUUCAGGAGGCUAACGGUCCAGCUGAUGGCUAUGCUGCGAUUGCCCAGGCUGACAGGCUGACACAGGAACCUGAGAGCAUCCGCAAGUGGAGAGAGGAGCAGAAGAAACGGCUGCAAGAACUGGAUGCUGCCUCCAAGGUGAUGGAACAAGAGUGGCGGGAGAAGGCCAAGAAGGACCUGGAGGAGUGGAACCAGCGCCAGAGUGAGCAAGUUGAGAAGAACAAGAUCAACAACCGGAUCGCUGACAAAGCAUUCUACCAGCAGCCAGAUGCUGAUAUCAUCGGCUACGUGGCAUCUGAGGAGGCUUUUGUGAAGGAAUCCAAGGAGGAGACCCCAGGCACAGAGUGGGAGAAGGUGGCCCAGCUGUGUGACUUCAACCCCAAGAGCAGCAAGCAGUGCAAAGACGUGUCCCGCCUGCGCUCGGUGCUCAUGUCCCUGAAGCAGACACCGCUCUCCCGCUAGAUGCCUGCCACAAAGCAUGGCCACAAAGCAUGGGCGGGGCCGGGCAGAGGGGCAGCAGCUGCUUAGGCCACGGUGGAAACUGCCUCCAGCAGCUGCUACACACAGCCUAUUCCGUUCCUCCCCGCCUCCCAGGGCUGGGAACGGGAACCUCACCCCACUCACCCCUCAUGUCCUCCUGGCCUGUGGCCCAGCCCCUCACACCUCCUCUCAGUCCACAGAAUUGUGACUGUUCCUCUUGACGUAUUUUUUUUCUUGGCUUAAAGGGUGUGUUGUUAA